CAAUUAAACACCAUAUUCUCUCAUUCAUAUCUAUCCUAUAUGGUGACUUAGUCAGCAUGUCUCUCAUCAAAACCAACGAUUUGCAAAGGAUAUUUGAGAAGCUUGAUAAGAAUGGAGAUGGCCUAGUGACUCUCGAGGAGCUAAAUUGGCUUCUUGAAAAAAUAGGAGUCCAAAUAAGCCUAGAUGAGCUCGAAUCACUAGUGGGAAAAUCAAGCCUCGACUUGAAUGAGUUCUUCUCAUUUUAUGGUUCCAUAUCAUCAAAGCAAAACAAUACUAGUAGAAGCACUAGCAACGAAGUUGUGGUAGUAGAAGAAGAAGAGGAAGAGAACGAAGAGAGCGACCUUGUUAAGGCAUUUGAAGUGUUUGAUUUGAAUGGUGAUGGGUUCAUUUCUUGUGAUGAGCUUCAAAAGGUGUUGUCAAGGCUUGGGCUUUGGGAUGAGAAUAGUGGCAAGGAUUGUAGAGUUAUGAUUCACGUUUAUGACACCAACUUGGAUGGGCAGCUUGAUUUUGAGGAAUUCAAGAACAUGAUGUUUCUUACUAUUUCUUGAUUCACAUUCAUUUUUGUGGAAUUUUUCUACUAUAGCUAUAGCCAUUUCCGCGUAAAGAAAAGGCGAAUUUGAUUGUGAUGUUCAACUUAGAAAUAUUAUUGGUCCAAUUUGCUAUUUUCA